AUGCUGCUCAACAGCAGCAUUCAUUGCUAUGCAGACGACAGCACUGGUGAUGCAGUUUACACCGGCCGUAGCAAUGUCUCUCAGGAUCGCGUCAUUGAGUACCGGAACAACCUCGUGUCUGAAAUUGAGGCUUCUUUAGACGAAGUUUCUAAUUGGGGUCGACUAAACUUAGUCGAAUUCAACCCGAAGAAGACACAGGUUUGCGCGUUUACCGCAAAAAAGCUUCCCUUCGAUGUAACCCCUAUUUUUCAGGGCACUCCUCUAUCAGCCACAGCUAGUAUUGGUAUUCUCGGUCUCGAAAUCUCGAGUAACGUGCAGUUUUCCUGUCAUUUGGAAGGCAAAGCCAAGUUGGCUUCUCAGAAACUUGGUGUGCUCUGUAGAGCGGGACAGUAUUUCACGUCGCGUCAUCGCCUAAAUCUUUAUAAGGCGCAAGUCAGGCCGCACAUGGAAUACUGUUCCCAUCUCUGGGCCGGGGCACCCCAGCAAUACCUCCUUCCAUUUGACCGCAUUCAAAGGAGAGCUGUACGACUCGUUGGCGAACCGAGUUUCACCGAUCGGCUUGAUACUCUGGCGUUGCGAAGAGAUAUCGCUUCCUUAUGCGUUCUCUAUCGCAUUUACUAUGGGGAGUGCUCUGAGGAAUUGUUUGGAACAUUACCCACCGCUGAGUUCCAUUACCGCACAGCCCGCCAUAAACAGAAAUACCACCCUCACCACCUUGACUGCUGGCGGUCGACAACUGUGCGCUUUAAACGGAGCUUCUUUCCGCGCACAACAUUUAUAUGGAACCAGCUUCCUAGUACGGUAUUCCCGAAUGGUUACAAUCUGGGGACCUUUAAGAAGAGAGCGUAUUCUUUCCUAAAAGGCCGGCAACACACUCCCAAUGUCCCUGGCGUUGUGGGUGCUUAUGGGCGACGCUGA